AUGGUUCAGGUGCUGUUCGCUACGGCCCUUCCUGUUCUUCGAUUUGUCGGUGCUGAUGCAACUCUUACCACUGGCAAAUUACCUCAAUACACGCCUUCGAUACGAGGUGACGCUUCCGAUUCCCACAAUGUACUCGCCGCCUAUGGCGCAGCCGUCCAAUCACAAAACUAUUCGUCUGCGAUUACCUUUGGCGAUCCGCAUCUAAGUAUCCAGACCAUCACCAUCACUGCAUUGCCUUCCUCCCAAGUUCCAACAACGACUUCUGCGAGCCAAAGCUUUCCAGACACAACCGGAUCAUUGAUCACGACUCUCGAAACCGAGGGAAAUCCUCCUGUACUGCCUUUCCCCACAAGUGUGCAGACUGUUGCAUCGCCUACAUUGCAACCUUUGAAUGGCACUGCUCCUUUUGGCAAUUCAACAGUGAUUAGUGCACAGAGCACCGUGACCGAGACCAUCACAUUGCCAUUGACAACUUUCGAAAGCCUCUCGACUACGCAGACCGUGGCAACACUGGCCGUUGAGACGACUGCAGUCAUAACCGCUGUCACGGUGCUCAAUACCACUAUUACCGCCGAUGGGUCAAUCAUAGCAACAUCAUCAGCGGGCACAACGGUCUUUACCACAACUGGGACGGCACUCGUCGUGACCACUUUGGCUGCGUCGUCAACCGUGACGGGGACGGUAGCCACUACCUUGACAGCGGCUCUCGGUUCCAUCUCAAGUUUCCCCACGGCCAGUUCGACCUGCUUGGUGAGCAUGGGUUGCUCUGGACAGGACAUAUUUCAGCCGGUUGAACUGGGGCAACCUCCCAACAAUAUCGAACAAAGAGGUGGGCAUCCCGUUCCGCGGCUUGGGAUUGUUGAUAUUGGCGGCCCUAUCGAGACAAACAAAUUCUACGAAAACUUCGUGCUGGGUUCCCAAGGUUCUCCCAGCUUUGUGAUGCCAUACUCCCUAUCUUGGAGCAAGGGUAGCGGGAAUGCCUUGAGUUGGGGAAUGGCGAUUUCGCAUCUUGACGACAGUCAGAAGAAUUUUGGGCCGAAUAAUACUGCUAUCCCUGGUGCACCGGCCUCCUACUACAUUAAUGGGCUCGGGAUUCAGUCGAUGAUCCUAUCCGCCGUCGAACUUGGUUCAAAUACAGUUCUGACCUCGGAUUCCUUGUUGGCGUUCUCUGCAAAUAUCCACCUUCAGCCGUCAGCAGGCUCACCGUCAGUGCUUACCAUGCCAGUGGUCCAGGGCAUGGCAUUUGUCACUGGGCAGUACGUCGAUCUGCAGCCAGCAAUCCAAAGCAGUGUUUUUUUCCGCAGUGUUGCCGCAGCGGGCGAGCCGAAACCGGGUGUUUUCAAAUACAGAGUGACUCUAGAGGACGGCAAAUUGUGGCUGAUAUAUGCCAUUCCAGCCAACGGACUCACCCCCAAUUUCCAGCUCAUCUCAAGUACGUUACUCCGAGGCUUGCCAAAUUGGUACGGAGAUAUACAAGUUGCGAAGCUCUCUAAUAGUAGUUUGGAGUCUAUCUAUGAUGAUGCGGCCGGCGCCUAUCCUACAGCUGGGCAUAUCUCGGGCUUCGCACAGAACACGACUGCUCAGUACAGUCUGUCCUGGUCCAAGGGCGGGGCUUUUUCAAGCAACACGACUCUUCUCAUGUUUGCGCUGCCACAUCACCGUGAGUCCUUUGACUCCUUUACCCAAUGCAAUAUCACGGCCGUUGAGCUGGCCACCACAACCAAGGGCAACGCAACAGCUGUUGUGGGCGACUAUUGGAUAUUAGAAGAGCGCAACCUACCAGUCUCUCUGGGAUUUGCGCCCUGGCGACCAUGUCACGCAACGAGCUCCCAAGGCAUGGGUUCCCUCUCACCUGCGGCGCUUUCCGUCAUACAAAAUGUCUCUGCAACUGAAGCCUCUCAGAAUAUGUCAAUCCAAACAAACCUCAACAGUAUGUAUUACAGCGGAAAAGCUCUGAGCAAAUUCGCCCAGCUUGUCUAUACCAUGCAUGAUCUCGCAAAUCAGCAAGAUCUGGCAAACGCUGCGUUACUUGAGCUUGAAAGCUGCUACGAGGUUUUCGCAAAUAACCAACAACAGUAUCCAUUGAUCUACGACACCGACUGGAAGGGCCUUGUUUCCUCAGCAAGUUAUGUAACGGGCGACCCCGGUGUAGACUUUGGGAACUCGUACUACAACGAUCACCAUUUUCACUAUGGCUAUUUCCUCCAUGCCGCUGCUGUCAUCGGUUAUCUCGAUCCCGCAUGGCUCAAUCAAAACAAGGACUAUGUGAACGCCUUGGUUCGCGACGUCUCCAAUCCGAGCGCUCUGGAUCAGUAUUUCCCGGUCUUCCGAUCUUUUGAUUGGUAUCAUGGACAUUCUUGGGCGAAAGGGCUUUUUGAAUCUGGGGAUGGUAAGGAUGAAGAAUCUUCUUCUGAGGAUGCUAUGUUUGCAUACGGGCUGAAAAUGUGGGGCAAGACGGUGGGCGAUGCCUCGAUGGAAGCCCGUGGCAAUCUGAUGCUCGCUGUUCUGGCACGGAGUCUGCACAACUAUUUCCUAAUGACAUCGGACAAUACCAACCAGCCUGCGUGUUUCAUUGGCAACAAGGUCACGGGCAUUCUGUUCGAGAACAAGGCAGACCAUGUCACCUACUUCGGCACUGAUCUGAGCUAUGUUCAAGGCAUCCACAUGAUUCCUCUCAUGCCUUUCUCGACAUUGACUCGGACAGAGCAAUUCGUAACAGAGGAAUGGAUCACAUAUUUUGCAGACGGCGCCGUGCGACAAGCUACAGACAUUGCUGGUGGCUGGAAAGGCAUCGUAUACGCGAAUUUAGCGAUCAUUAACCCCACAGCAGCGUACAAUUUCUUCACUCAGCCUAAUUUUGACAUGGGUUGGAUCGACGGCGGAGCGUCCCUCACGUGGUACAUCGCACUAAGUGCUUUAUUAGGAGGUGCGUCGUCAUAG